CCAUACGGAUUUGCUUUUCUGUACUCUUAUCCAAAAGUUGUUGGGAUCAGCAGAUCAAGAAACAACACAGCAAACCUCGUGGAUUUCAGACACUAAUCAAGAAACAUCCUUAACAUUUCAUAAUCGAACAAAAUGUGGUCUAAUCCAAAAUUCAUUCAACCCCUCUCGACUCCGGUGUUUACGCCUAUUCAGUCUCCUCUUCCCCAAAUUCUAAGCCUGACCGCUUCUUCUGCGUCUCCUCUCAAACAGUGUACUAAAUUAUCCCGUAGAGAUUUCUCGAUUUUCACCUCUUCGUCUUUGCUUUUACUCGUAGGCUCAGGCUCUCAUACUCUUGAGCCGUUGCACAUGUCCAAUGCAAGAGCAGAAAAGGUUGGUACAGAAGAGAAUUCCAGCUGUGCAAAUCAAACUCCGACAAAGGAGGCAUUUCUUGAUGUAGCAAUUAAUGGAGAGCCUGUUGGUCGAAUAAUUAUUGGGCUAUAUGGUGAUACUGUCCCCUUUGGAGCGAAAAUAUUCAGUGAACUCGUUAGUGGGGCAGCUGGAGUUAGUUAUAGGAGAAAAGAAUUCGUAAAAAUCAUGCCAAACUAUGUGCAACAUGGUGGACUACGAUCAUAUGGCGUUGAUGCAGAGCUUGCAAGGAAAACAGGGAGUAAUGUGGCCGUUGAUACUCUCGUGAACGAAUGGGAGAAACAGAAUGACAAUUGUUCGGGAACCAAGAAUGUGGCAACGAGUGUAGGCAUUAUUGUUAGGGACCCCUCAAAACCACCUCCGAAAAUCAAGUUGGUUGCACGGAAAGGGAAGCUGGAAAUUGACGAAGAAGAAGUAGGAAUGGAUCCUAAUGGGACAGAAUUUCUCAUUGCCACUAAAGACUCUCCGGAGUUGGAUGCCUCGACUUUGGUUGUGGGAAGAGUCCUUGAGGGAAUGGAUGUUGUAAAGCGAAUAAGCGAAGUGAAAACUGUGCAAGAGAACACAGGUUCUCCUUAUUUCAGGGUAGCAAAGCUAAUAGGAGAUAAAAGAGCAGUCGUAGCAGAGCGAGGCUUCAACCGGCCUUAUUUAAAGGUGGUGAUUACAAAUUGCGGACUGAUAUGAUGACAACAAGUGCUUUGAACAUAUUCAUUUGAAAGCCUCUACUCAUGUUCCUCACAGGAUUUUAUUCCAUUAUUCAAGGCAGUGUGCAUUUUGAGUAAUAUAUCAUUUUUGCUGGCCUCCAUAUAGAAUUAACUGUGAAAUUAUUUAAGAGAGAGAGUGAGGGAAAGGUAAAAACACUAGGUGAUUGUGAUACUAGUGAGCAGACAUUGUGGCUCCAUUUUAACAGCAACUAAUGUUGAAGUUCAGUGUCAUGAUUAAUACAUUAGCUUCCACCUGCAA